UCUAUCUCUUGCUCGCUCCCCGCCGCCGGUGAGUGAGACCUCUCAGGGGCAGCGCAGCGAUGGCAUCUUCAACGGGGACUCCGUCGGACGGCGGAGGGGAUAGGCCGUGGCAAUCUUACCACACUGCAUACACCAACGCCAAAGCGGGAAUGGAGGGAGUUGACAAGGAGAAGGUGCAGAGGGUAAUAUAUGAAAUGAGCAAGGGCUCAAAAUAUUUUGAGAAUGAGCAGAAGAAGGAGGCAAUUACCAAGCUAAAAAUUGAGCAUCUGCGUGGACAGUGCGCAAAGUUAACUGAUAAUGACAUAUCACAUUUUCAGAAGGUUGCUGAAAAGAAAAUUUUAGAGUUGGAAGCUUCACGAGAUCUUUCAAAGAUAUGGCUUCACACUGACAUGGAUGCCUUCUAUGCUGCUGUUGAGACAUUAGAAAAUCCGUCCCUGAAGGGAAAACCUUUGGCAGUAGGUAGCAUGUCUAUGAUAGCUACUGCCAGUUACGAGGCGCGUAAAUUUGGAGUCCGUGCAGCAAUGCCUGGUUUUAUUGGAUGUAAACUGUGUCCUGACUUGGUUUUCGUCCGUCCCAAUUUUGAUAGAUACACUCACUAUAGUGGAUUAGCAAGAAAAGUUUUUGAAAGAUAUGAUCCCAACUUCUUCGCAACAAGUCUAGAUGAAGCAUACCUAGAUAUUACAGAAGUCUGCAUUGAGAGAGGCAUUACAGGCGAGGAGGUUGCUUCUGAGCUUAGGGGUGCUGUUCACCAAGAAACUGGCCUAACGUGUAGUGCCGGUGUUGCUCCAAACCGCAUGAUUGCAAAGGUUUGCUCUGAUAUUAACAAGCCUAAUGGGCAAUUUAUUCUGCCAAAUGACCGGGAUGCUGUGACGACAUUUGUGUCAACUUUACCUAUAAGAAAGAUAGGUGGUAUAGGCAAGGUAACAGAACAGAUGUUACAUCAGGUUCUUGGAAUCAGUACAUGCCAGGAGAUGCUACAAAAGGCUGCUUUCUUAUGUGCUCUUUUUUCAGAAGGCUCAACUGAUUUCUUUCUUUCGGUUGGCCUUGGAUUAGGAGGUACAGAAACUCCUGAGCAUAGGCUAAGGAAAAGUAUGAGUUGUGAGCGAACUUUCUCUGCGACAGAUGAUUCUUCUUUGCUAUUCGAGAAGUUAGAUAAUCUCGCUGAAAAUUUAGCUGAUGACAUGCAAAAGGAGUGCUUGAAGGGAAGAACGCUAACACUCAAACUAAAAACUGCAGCUUUUGAGGUUAGGACGAGAGCAGCAACUGCACCGAACUAUAUCAGCUCCAAGGAAGACAUACUGAUCUACGCUAAGAAGUUGCUUAAGGCUGAACUGCCUCUUUCUCUGAGAUUGAUGGGGUUGCGAAUGUCUCACUUUCACGGUGAGAAGGAUGAUUCGACCAGCCCAACACAAAAGACGCUAGAUCGUUUUUUCCAUUCGUCAGAAAAUAACUCAAAUACCAAUGGAACAAAUGGUGCAAGUUCCGUUGAUGCCUCGGGAGGGAAUAACUAUUGUAAUGAUGUGACAACGAAGGAUGAGUGUUCGAUACAUGAUGCUGGAAAAGAUGUCUCGAUAGAUCAACAGGCAUUCUUCUCACAUAAUGAGAAAUUAUCUGUUCCAGAAGGUACUGUCUCAAGCAACAUGAAGGUUACACAGAUUGAGAAGUUUGAUGAGUCGGCCAACUGCAAAGCUCCCGCUUCAUCGAGUAAACCUGAUCAGCAUUUCUGGCUUGAUGGCUAUAUAUGUUCCCUCUGUGGGUUUGAACUACCUCCGUGUUUUGAGGAGGAAAGGCAAGAACAUUCGGAUUUCCACUUGGCUGAAAUGUUGCAGAAGGAAGAUGCGGCAGACAGACAUGGUCACCUCUCAAAGGAGAGGUUAGCUGAGAGGCCAUGCUCCACUACACCCACACAGAAGAAGAGACUGAAGCCCUCCAAAGAAGGCAAGCAUAUACCUAUUGAUUCUUUCUUCCUCAAAUGUAACAAGAAGAUGCACAGCUGCUUCCUUGCUCGGCCCUUCCAGCUCGCCUCUCUCUCCGGAGCGGCGUCAUCCUCCGCACCGGCAGCUCUCCCCUGCCGUCGGACCCCAUGGGCGCGCCCGGGUUCCGGCGGGGCGACCCUGACGCUACGGAGGCCAUCUCGCCGGAAGCCCCACGGCGCGGCGGAGAGCCUCGGCCGCCGCUGCCUCAGCUUUGCCGCCGCCGCCGGCCAGCUCUCCAACUUCAAUCGAGCACAACAUGAGAAGCUGCAGGUUGCUGUAUUCGCAACCAAAGCCACUGCGCAGUUAGAAAAUGGUCUUUCACUCCAGAGCCAGUACGUUGUUCCUGAAGAUGUCAAAGCGGCGGGGUUUCAGAUCGAUGCCGAUGAACUGACAUGGAUUGUCGAAAGCCGUGACACCGAAAGGUUGGCUGUCCAUGGCCAAUUAGAUGGAAUUGCAGACAAGUUAGCGACAUCGUUGACUGACGGGAUAAGCACGCAUGAGGACCUCUUGAAUCGGAGGCAGGAAAUAUAUGGAGUAAACAAGUUCGCUGAGAGCGAGGUCCGCAGCUUGUGGGAGUUUGUGUGGGAAGCACUGCAAGAUACCACUCUUAUAAUCCUUGCUGCAUGUGCUCUUGUCUCUUUGGCUGUUGGCGUCGCCACAGAAGGUUGGCUAAAUGGCUCCCAUGAUGGCAUUGGAAUUAUUGCGAGUAUCCUCCUGGUUGUUUCUGUUACCGCCACAAGUAACUACCAGCAGUCCUUGCAGUUCAGGGACCUGGACAAAGAGAAGAGGAAAAUUCUUGUUCAGGUUACAAGGAAUGGAUUCAGACAAAAGAUAUUAAUAGAUGAUCUUCUUGCUGGUGAUGUCGUCCAUCUGUCUGUUGGAGAUCAGGUUCCUGCGGAUGGUCUCUUUAUUUCUGGAUUUUCUGUGUUGGUCGACGAGUCCAGUCUAACUGGAGAGAGUGAGCCUGUUGAUGUAAAUGAAGACAAGCCUUUUCUUGUAUCAGGGACCAAGGUCCUAGAUGGGUCCGGUCAAAUGCUCGUUACAUCGGUUGGGAUGCGGACGCAAUGGGGCAAACUAAUGGCUGCUCUUACUGAAGGUGGGAAUGAUGAAACUCCACUGCAGGUUAAACUUGGUGGAGUUGCAAAUAUUAUUGGGAAAGUUGGUCUAUUUUUUGCAGUCUUAACUUUCAUUGUCCUCUCCCAAGAGUUAAUUGGCCAGAAAUAUCAUGAUGGGCUUCUUUUAAGCUGGUCAGGGGAUGACGUGCUAGAGAUACUGAAUCAUUUUGCGGUUGCAGUUACAAUCGUUGUCGUUGCUGUGCCUGAGGGGUUGCCGUUAGCAGUCACACUGAGCCUUGCGUAUGCAAUGGAGAAAAUGAUGAAUGACAAGGCACUGGUUCGGCAGUUGGCUGCGUGCGAAACUAUGGGAUCAGCCACGGUCAUUUGCAGUGAUAAGACAGGAACACUAACAUCCAACCGUAUGACUGUUGUUAAGGCCUGCAUCUGUGGGAACACCAUGGAAGUUAACGACCCACUGAGUACUUCAGAACUCCCACAAGUUGCGGUAGAAACUCUUCUAGAGUCCAUAUUUAAUAACACUAGUGGUGAUGUGGUAAUUAACCAAGAUGGGAAGCAAGAUAUAAUUGGUACCCCCACUGAGGUAGCUUUGCUGGAGUUUGCACUGUCCCUAGGUGGAAACUAUAAACAAAAACGGCAGGAAACUAAGAUCGUCAAAGUGGAGCCUUUUAGUUCAGCAAAAAAGAGGAUGAGCGUUAUUCUCGAGCUUCCUGGAGAACAAUACCAUGCACAUUGUAAGGGUGCUUCAGAAAUAGUACUGGCCGCCUGUGAUAGGUUCAUAGAUGACAGAGGUACUAUUGUUCCCCUUGAUAGGGAAACUGCGAACAAGUUCAGUGAUAUCAUUGAAAGCUUUUCCAGUGAAGCACUUCGGACACUCUGCCUUGCUUAUAGGGUAUUGGAAGAUGGCGCUACGCACGAUGAAAUACCGCCACAAGGAUACACAUUCAUUGCCAUUGUUGGUAUUAAAGAUCCUGUGCGCCCCGGUGUCAGGGAGUCUGUGGCAAGUUGCCGGUCUGCUGGCAUUGCGGUAAAAAUGGUUACAGGAGACAAUAUUAAUACAGCUAAGGCGAUUGCUCGUGAAUGUGGUAUACUUACUGAUGACGGUCUUGCUAUUGAGGGUGCUGAGUUUAGAGAGAAAAGCCCCAAAGAACUCCUUGAGCUGAUUCCAAAAAUGCAGGUACUUGCCCGAUCAUCCCCACUUGACAAGCAUACACUUGUGAAACACUUGCGCACAACGUUCAACGAAGUUGUUGCUGUGACUGGUGAUGGCACUAAUGAUGCACCUGCACUGCGUGAGGCAGAUAUUGGACUUGCCAUGGGCAUUGCGGGGACUGAGGUGGCUAAAGAGAGUGCUGAUGUCAUAAUUCUUGAUGACAACUUCUCCACGAUUGUCACUGUUGCGAAAUGGGGACGCUCUGUUUACAUCAACAUCCAAAAGUUUGUGCAGUUCCAGCUGACCGUUAACAUUGUUGCAUUACUAGUUAACUUCUCCUCCGCAUGCUUUACUGGUGAUGCACCACUGACAGCUGUUCAACUUCUUUGGGUUAACAUGAUCAUGGACACCCUAGGUGCACUAGCACUUGCCACUGAACCACCUAAUGAUAACUUGAUGGAGAAAGCACCUGUAGGAAGGACAGGAAAAUUCAUCACAAACGUGAUGUGGAGGAAUAUUCUGGGGCAAUCAUUGUACCAGUUCACGGUCCUCUGGUAUCUACAAUCUCAAGGGAGAUUUGUGUUUGGGCUUGAAGGCUCUGAGGCUGAUACUGUCCUAAAUACGAUUAUAUUCAACACUUUCGUCUUCUGCCAGGUAUUCAAUGAGGUCAGCUCGAGAGAGAUGGAGGAGAUCAAUGUUCUGAAGGGCUUGUCAGAGAACUCCAUUUUCGUGGGCGUUCUCACCGGCACUGUCAUCUUCCAGUUCAUCCUGGUCCAGUUCCUGGGCGACUUUGCUAACACCACACCACUGACCCAGCUCCAGUGGCUCAUCUGCGUCCUCUUUGGCUUUCUUGGUAUGCCCGUUGCUGCUGCAAUCAAGCUGAUUUCCGUAGAACCCCACUCAGAAGACGACGGGUAUGGAAAGUCGUAGGCUACGCAAAAAUCUCUGCAAUUUAUGUAUCGUGGAAGCUGGUGCUGACCCAAGAAUCCAGGAUUGGCACCAUAAAGUGAAGAAACAUCCAGUUCAAUGCACUUCUGCUUGCCUCAGAUCAGCCAUGCAGUGAAGAUUAACCAGCUGUAGAACUACUAAACUGUAAAGUGUGCAGCACAAAAAAAUUCAUACAUAUAUGAUACACUUUGUGCUAUGAGGUUCAACUGGU